UCGGAUGGCAGGUGGACCAAGGCAGUCGUAGAAUGGAUCCCACUGGAUAAAACAAGAUGGAUGAACAACAUCAGCAAGUCUGGUGGGUCCAGUUGGCAAAAGAAAGCUUGGGACCAUAUGGGUUGGAAACACGAGGAAGAGACCUUCAUCCUGCAAGUGGAUAGACAAUGGCUAGAAUGAUGAUGAUGAUGAUGAUGAUAUGUGCAUUGGUGUCUUACAUUGGCCAGGACUGCAAAGCAAUUCCAGAAUUCCUUGGGAAAAAAUAUGGAAGCGUCGCGAAAAGACUGGACCUCAGCUUCAAUUUAUUAAGAUCCCUGGAAGGACUGCAGGCCUUCAGCAGCUUGGAAGAGCUCAUUCUGGACAACAAUCUUCUGCAAAGUGACCUUCGCUUACCCAGCUUGCCACACCUUCAUACCCUGAUGCUCAAUAAGAACCAAAUAACAGAGCUGGAAGGCUUGCUGGAUCACUUGGCUGAAGUAGCACCUUCCCUGGAGUUUCUUAGUUUGCUGGGAAAUUCGGCUUGUCCAAAUGAGCUGGUCUGCAAAGACAAAGAUGAGGGAGACUACCAGAGAUACAGGCAUUUUGUCCUGCAUAAAUUAACCAACCUGAAGUUCCUGGAUUCUCGAAAAGUCAGCAGCAAGGAACGUGAAGAGGCCCUUGUGAGGGGAGCCUUUAUGAAAGUCGUGAAGCCCCCGGAUAAGAAGGCUGAAUCUCUCUGUCAGGGUUCCAAGUAACACCCCCAACGAAAGAAGACUCCGAGGCUGGAAGUUCCUCAAAGUUCCAUUUUAUUAGAGAUGUCCUAUUGGCACAUCUGGGAAAACCCGAAUCUGAAAGCUUCCAGGUUUUCCCCACCCAAAGGAAAGUCCAAGUCCCUGCCCAGCACCCACAUAUCCAUCACAUGGUCCAAUCCAAGCACCGUCCCAACUGGAGAUGCCUCCCAGUUUCAUCCGUCCAGGUGCAGGGCAAGAUGGCCUUGACUCUCUGAGAAAGGAAUGUUAUUAAGUCUAGAUAUCUCCCCAACUCCAUACAACCCCACCUCCCAGUUUCUCACCACACUCAAUGUGGCAGCCCUGAAGAUCCAGAGUAAAAGAUGGCUUCCAGGGCUGAUACUCUCCUUGGUCAGCUUCCAUCCAUUAUGCCUUGUCUGGCCUUUGGGACCUUUGGAAAAUAGCUUGACCUCCUUCUCUCUAUGGCAGCCCCUCAGAUAUUGGAAGACUGUUUUCAUGUCUCCUGGUCCUUCUCUUCACUAGACUAGACAUCCCCAGUUCCCACUACUGUCAUAUGUUUUAGUCCCCAGUUCCCUAAUCAUCCUGGUUGCACUCUGCACUCUUUCUAGAGUCCUUUGGGGGCUUUGCUGGAGCUCAGUGGCUCAUGUGGUUAGGACACUGGGGCGAUGAUGAGCAAGCC